AGGGAAGCCAGCAUAAAAUCCCGACUAGCCUAAUGAAAAAAAUGACUAAGCACUAGCCAACCUCUUUCCCCCUAUUUGGUUCAGUAUCAGUUGAACCUGUGUCGAGUUUGGAGCGAUCCUUCCGAAGAAUCGCUCAGUUGAAGAUCACAAAUCAAAGCAACCCGCGCACGGCACCAGGAAAAGGUCACCAAGGUGAUAACGAAUUCCGCUGGAGAGGAUUUUCAAUUUCAAGAUUGGGGAGCAUCUGGACGGCCCAAUCAGUCCAGCGAGAACAAUCGACCGGUGUGGUUCUGCGUUUGUAAGCCAUAAUAGUUUCCCUCACCCAAACUUAUCGCAGCAAGCUUAGAUAUCGGCGCGCGCGCGAUGGAAGAUAGUGGGCUGUGUUUUGGGCAAGGCAGUAGUAGGCUAGACGCGUCGUGGAAACAGUGGAUCGAAUCUUUGGCGACGACGAAAAAUGGCACACUAGAUCGAAUGUUGCUGAAUUUGCUGCAAGAUGAGCUGUUCCAGUGGCACGCGGUGGCGCUCAGUGUCCUCGGCUACGGAGUUACGCUGAUUUUGGCCCUUUGGUUGAGCUGGAAGUUCUACUACACGCCGUUCGUCUGGAAAAGGGACCUCACCGACAUCGGUUACAAUCACGUCUUGGACAAUGAGAAAAUCAGCCGAAACGACAAAAAGCGUGCCCAUACCAUCAAUCGAUUGCGACGGCUUCGGAAGACUGGCCAACGAAUCCCACCGCCAUACCCCAACGGAUGGUACGGCGUUCUGGAGUCGGAAGCCCUGGCCGUCGGUCAGGCCAAAAGCGUCGACUGUCUUGGUCAAAAUUUCGUAGUCUUCCGCGGUGAGACCGGCGAGGUCAACGUCCUGGACGCGUACUGUCCCCAUUUGGGAGCGAACCUCGGGGUUGGUGGCGUCGUGCGGGGUGACUGCAUUGAGUGUCCGUUCCAUCAUUGGUCCUUCAGCGGACGGGAUGGACAGUGCACCAAUAUUCCGUACAUGAAAUCCGGAUCGAUUCCCAAGAUGGCCAAGCUGAAGAAGUGGAAAUCGCUGGAAGCCAAUGGAUUCAUCUUUGUGUGGCACCAUGUGGAUGAGUCAGUCGAACCGUGGGAGAUGAAGAUCGUCCCUGAAGUCGAAGACGGUCAAUGGGUUUACUACGGCCGAAACGAGUUCUUGGUCAAUGCACACAUUCAGGAUAUCCCGGAAAAUGGAGCGGACGUGGCACACUUAUCAGCGGUUCAUGGACCGAACUGCAUGUCCGGCAGUGACCUGCGAUAUGCCAGACCGGCUUGGGCAGAGUUCGGCAUGCAUGCCUGGAAUGCGAGCUGGUUUGCUCCGGAAGAGUCCGAUCCACCACACAUUGCCCGUAUGGAUCUGAAGCACUCGUUCAAGUUCUUCAAAAAAUUCGAGUUCUGCACGGUUGACGUCAAGGCGUACCAAAUCGGACCCGGUUACGUGCAGUUGAUGAUGCAAACGGGACUUGGCCCGAUGGUGGCCCUGCAGACUGUCACUCCGGUUGAACCCCUGGUACAAAAGGUCAUCCAUCGAUUCUAUGCGCCACGGAAUUUGGGCAAUGCCUUCUUCCAGAAGUUUGCCAUCUGGGCCGAAAGUGUUAUGUUUGAACGGGACAUGAUGAUUUGGAACCACAAGCAGUUCAUCGACAGCCCCCUGCUGAUCAAGGAGGAUCGCCUAAUCAAGUCCUACCGCAAGUGGUACAGCCAGUUCUACUCCGAGAAUAGCACCAGCUAUACGCUGGCCAAGGAGAACCUGGAUUGGUGAAGCGGAGACGGAAGUUGCAUAUAGCAGCGCUCCUUUGAAUGAAUAAACCUAACGAUCUUAGAUGAUGCAUUAGAUUAGGAUUAGAUGCUUAAACCAGAGGCUACCUGUGAUUACCAAACGUUGAAAUACUGCCUGCCUGCAUGCUGCUGUACAAUGGUGGUGAAGCUAUGCAAAAAUAAAUGCUUUUUAAAACGGA